AUGAGUGACCCACUCUCUAUUGCAGCAAGUGUUGCAGGCCUACUUUCGCUCGGCAUCCAAGUCUCAGAGUCAUUUCUCAAGUUCUACGCCGCGUACAAAAAUCAGGGUGAUAACAUCAAUCGCGUGUUGAAGAAGCUGGAGGGCAUUCUUACCGUUUUCCGAUCUCUCCAAGCUACUCUGAAAGCCCGAGAGUUUCACCCCGAAGAGGGACAGCUCGUUCAAAGCAUCGAAGAUUCCAUCAAGGACUGCAAUGAAAUUAUCCAAGAACUUGCAGAAGAAAGCAAGAAAUAUAUCAAGAUUCCGGAUGGUGGAACUCGUGAUAAAAUUAGGACUGCCACUCGCCGUGUGGCUUACACAUUUCGGGCCAGCACCUUGAGCAAGCUUGAGGAAGACAUUCAUGAUAUCCAUAUUAAUUUGUGGUUUGCAUUACAUAUUCUCAACCAGGGUGAUCAGAAAGCUGUUUAUGAUGAUUUGAUCAGUGUCAAGUCACUGCUCACAAGCUUGCAGGUAAUCCAAGUUUCCUCUGCGAUACGUGGGUGGUUGAAGGCGCCAGACGCUACGGUUAAUCACCAUAGUGCGUGUGCAAAGCGUCGGGCAGAGACUGGAAUGUGGUUUAUCGAUGGACAGCAUUAUAGUGACUGGUUGGAGCAGGAUAACUCAUUUCUAUGGUUGAAUGGACUCAAGGCGGACAUUGGGUUUGACUUUUUCUACUACACCUUCAGUGAUCAGUUCAAACAGGACGAAUCAGCCAUGGCAAAAGCCCUUCUACUACAACUAGCUGGGCAGCGAGAAGAAUGCGAGGAUGAGCUUGAGGCACUUUAUCAGUCAUGCCAAUCAGGAACACCCCGUAUCGAUGCUCUUUUGGCAUCUCUACAGAAAAUGUUUCAAGACUUUGUUCAUGUCUACAUUUUGCUAGAUGCAUUAGAUGAGUGCACCAGUCUUCGCAAAUGGCAAGCACAUCGCACUGAAAUCCAAUCUGCUCUAUCAGAGGGCGGCGCCCAGGGAAUAUUCCGCUAUGUGGAAUUUCAGUUAAAAGAUCUCCAGCGGUGCUCGAGGACCAAAGUGCAUCUCAAUAAGCGUCUACAAUCAUUGUCUAAAGAUCUAGAAGAGACCUAUGAUCGAACACUGUGCAAUAUUGAUGAAUUUUGUGUUGAUGACGCGCGCCGCAUUCUGACAUUGCUCUGCUUUUCAAUUGAGCCACUCACCAAUCGAUUGCUAGACGCCGAAGUACAAGAAUAUUUGAUGUCUGAGCGUACCAGAGAACGGAGAACGAAGAGCUUUGCGUUGGAAAGCAUUUCCUCUCAAGAUACUAUACAGCAGAUAUGCCUAGUUAACCUCACAGAACCAAGACUAUCUUCGUUCCAAACACGCACCGACUUUCUUAAAGCCUAUCCCCUGGGGAAAUAUGCUCCAACACGUUGGAAUGACCAUUAUGACAAGGGAUCAAAGUCCAAUCCGGAAUCGGGAAAAUUGAUUUCGAAGAUAUAUACCGAUGAAGGAGUUUUCACUAACUGGAGAAUGCUUUGCAUGUUCAAUCAGAAACGUGAACCAGACCUCGAACUCAUCGCAACCCAACUACACGAUUGUUCGCAAUUUGUACUUGAAUGGGUCCUCGGUCAUAUCUUGAACGCCGGAAUGAGACUUGGGUACAGCAUGAAAGAUAUCUUGAAUGAUCAGGGCGUAGCCAAAUUUAACGCCCUUCAAGCUACAGCCUCGGGAGGCCAUUAUAGUACGGUCCAGUUCCUACUAGACAAGGGCGCUGAUGUGAAUAUUGCGGGUGACAACUAUGGUGCUACUCUCCAGACUGCAUCACGCAGAGGGCAUCUUUCAGUAGUGCAACUAUUGCUAGACCAUAAUGCUGAUGUCGAUGCUCAGACUUCACAAUAUGGCACUGCUCUAGAGGCUGCAUUGGAAAGAGAGCAUGAAACCGUGGCGCAAAUUUUGCGUGAUGCAGGGGCAAUUUAA